CGCAUUGGCUGUUGUGUUUUUUUCAUAAGGGUCCCAAACUACACCGAGAUUUGGAAUAUUACGUUACAGUCCUGCAGGAAAAUGGCGACAGUCAUUCAUAAUCCUCUAAAAUCGCUCGGUGACCAGUUCUACAAGGAGGCUAUCGAACACUGUCGCAGCUACAAUGCCCGUCUCUGUGCCGAACGCAGCGUGCGCAUGCCCUUCCUGGACUCGCAAACGGGUGUGGCGCAGAACAACUGCUACAUCUGGAUGGAAAAGUGCCACCGUCAGCCAGGCCAAGCAGCAGGACAGAUGUAUACCUACCCUGCUCGUUGCUGGAGGAAGAAGAGGCGACUCCACCCUCCUCUGGAUCCCCAGCUCCGCCUGUGUGAGCUCAGACUAGAAGCCGAGCUGGCCCCUAAGCGCGAGGCUCCCCCUGGCGAGGCCACAGCCUUGGAGGCCCUCCUGAGGGGGGACAACCUGGUGGAGAAAAAAAACAGUAUCUGUAAAGAAGAGGAGACGUUGCUGGAAAUACAGAGAGUUCUGGAGGCGGAGGAAAAUGGGGACGGUCUCAAUGAUGACGAAGACUUUGACCUGGAUACUCCAAAGAGAAAGAACAGAAACAGAGGCAAAAACAGAGGAUCCAGUCGUAGGAGGACAGAGCCUGUUAACAUGGACGACCAGGACAAACCAUACGUCUGUGACAAUAGAUACAAACAAAAGCAUAACUCAAAAAAGGCUGAAGAAGUCUGUGGAAAGCGCUACAAGAACCGGCCUGGCCUGAGCUACCACUACACCCACACUCACCUGGCAGAGGAGGAGGGCGAGGAGGAGAAGGAUACAGAGAUGCCUCCGUCUCCUCCACACAGCUCAGACAACCACAAACCUCAGAAGGCUGCGGAUGGCACCAUCAUCCCCAACGACUACUGUGACUUCUGCCUGGGAGACCAGGACUCCAACAGGAAGACAGGCCAGGCCGAGGAGCUGGUGUCCUGCUCUGACUGUGGACGAUCCGGUCACCCCACGUGUCUGCAGUUCACUGAUAACAUGAUGCAGGCAGUGAGGACGUACCAGUGGCAGUGCAUAGAGUGCAAGUCCUGCAGCCUGUGUGGCACCUCAGAGAACGAUGACCAGCUGCUGUUCUGUGAUGACUGUGACAGAGGAUACCACAUGUACUGCCUGAAGCCUCCGAUGACCCAGCCUCCGGAAGGGAGCUGGAGCUGUCACGUGUGUCUGGAUCUGUUGAAAGACAAGGCCUCAGCCUACGGAGAAGCAUAACUUCCUCAGACACAGUAUAUAUAGCUGUACCUACACAUUAACUGUUUGACACGUUGGCACACACUCUCUCAGAUAGAUUCAAACACACACAGAUACACUCGUCCACACACGCUCCAGUGCAUUAGCAGGCUCAGGGCAGUUUCCUGUGUAAGGCGUAUACUGUAGCCGAGCAAAGCGGCAUCAACAUGCAAUCUCGACCAUAUGUCAGCCAACAGCAGGUCUGCCGUUCAGUCAUUUCUCUACCUCACCAUUCAGCAGACGGCAAGAAGCCAAAGCAAGAUUGAUAACGGCUAAUACUGUGUAGUACAUGUGUGUGUGUGUGGAAUACACACACACACAGCUCCCUGGAUGUUCCCCCUGAUUUACAUUUGUUUGAUAUGAAAGACGUUUGUCGCAGACUUUCUUCUGAAGCUGUUUUCACUCGCCUCCCCUCGCCGCUCGCAGCAGGUUUGACUAAUGUUUGUUUAAAUUUCUCCUCCCGGCUCUGCUCCUCUCCUGUGUUUACACUUUACGGUGACAUUCCUAUUUCAUAUCUGGACAGACUCAACGUUAGUUAGCCAUCGUUCACAGGUUUUUGUCAAGCUUGGUGAAAUUUAUAUCUGCAGUGAGAGGAAACGGAGCGAUAAAAGAGUCUCGGCUAUCAUUCCUGUCGGAGCGUGGUGACAUUUUUAAUCCACGUCUGUUUUUUGUAUCCUGGUGGUUGCUAGGAUACCAUGGUGCUCAAUUUGACACUUUACAGAAAUUCUAACAUAGAACGAAAUGCUUAUUUAUUUAUUGUUGAUCACAAUCCAAAUGUUACUGUUGAGGAGAUCUUUACUGUAAAUCAGUGGUUCCCAAACUUUUUCUUUCAUGGAGUAUUUAUGCACAACAGGCCAAAGUUCACCUAUUAUAUAAACAGUGAACUCAAGAUCAAGAUUCCUAAAGCUUUGGAUUUGACUGACAGGUUGAUGAACCUCAACUAUUCUUCUUUUCUUCCUUGUCAAGGCUAUUUAUCUCGAAGGUGCCUCACGUGUUGGAACCUGCUCCGUACAGCUGGAUCACUAAUCUGAAUCUUGAUCGUCUUGAUAGCAUCAGAGCGCUCGUGUUUCUUUGUUGUUCCCAAAUGACCUUUUUUCACAGCAGACAGUUUGACUUUUCAUAGCAGGAAAGGCACAGGUGGAACUGACAGAAUACCUUUCUUCUGCAAACCGCUGCCUGUCUUAGUUACUGUUGCUAUGUCUGUCAAGGUAUUUCCUAGCUAAUGACUUUUGGUUUUCUUGGCAAGUAGGUAGAGCUGUGGCUGGAGCAGCUACAUGACUCACCCACUCAGUCCAAGAUCAGACCCCUUCACCCCUCAAUCCAAAACUGGAAGCCCUGAAGAAAAUGCUAAGCUAGCAUUUAGCUAUCCAUGAAGUAUGAAGUAAAAGAGAGGUUAAGGUAAGGGUCAUGGUGAGGGUUACAUCUUGUUACUUAUUAAGUGAAUCAGGUCUUCAGGUAUAAUGGGUGCAGUUUGUAGGGAUGUGGCGUGUGCUCUUCAAACAGAAUGUGUCUGCAGCUAUACAUGUCUCUUUCUUAGCUGGCACUGGAAGAUUUAUCAACUACAGUUAGCUAGCUAAUUAGCGCUAAAUCAGUGAGUUGGUUCAAGAAAAAUAAAAUUGAUCUCCGGGGACUAAUUUUAAACAAGAACCCUGUAAAAGGAAAUGAAAUAUACAUGUGAUGGCUACAUACACAAUACAGCUAAAGUAUCAUGUCCUUAGCUAAAAGAUUCAGCCUCCUCACCAGUUGGUAAAAAGACAUCAAGAAAUAGCCUUCAUGUAUACAGUUCUCCAAGGACGAUGUUUUUCCGCUGGCCAACACAGAGGUUAACAUUGCAUUGGUUCUCUCGUCAAGCUAAUGUUAAAGGCAUAGUGCACCCAAAACUGAAAAUUCAGCCAUUAUCUACUUACCCAUAUGCCGAGGGAGGCUCAGGUGAAGUUUUAGAGUCCUCAC